ACUGCACUGACAGGGACUUCCAAUAUGAUGCUGAGUAAGGGUGGAAAGAGUAGACAUCACUGCCUGUUUUUGAUCUUAAGAGGAAAGAAUUCAACUUUCUUUGAGUAUGAUAUUAACUACAGGUUUGGUAUAUCCGCACCAUGUACCUGGGGAUUCAGAGCCAGCGGCAGAAGGAACACCAGCGACGUUUCUACUGGGCUAUGAUGUACGAAUAUGCAGACGUCAACAUGUUGCGCCUCCUUGAGACCUUCCUGGAGAGCGCCCCCCAACUGGUGCUACAGCUCUGCAUAAUGAUCCAGAAGAACAGCGCUGAGACGCUGCCCUGUGUCUCCUCUGUGACUUCCCUGAUGUCCCUGGCUUGGGUGCUAGCCUCCUAUCACAAGCUGCUGCGGGACUCCAGGGACGACAAGAAGAGUAUGAGCUACAGAGGGGCCCUCAUCCACCUCUUCUGGCGCCUCUUCACCAUCUCAUCCAGAGUUAUCUCUUUUGCCCUCUUUGCUUCCAUAUUCCAGCUCUACUUCGGAAUCUUCGUGGUGGUUCACUGGUGCGCCAUGGCCUUCUGGAUCAUCCAUGGCGGAACAGACUUCUGCAUGUCCAAGUGGGAGGAGAUCCUCUUCAACAUGGUGGUAGGGAUUGUGUACAUUUUCUGCUGGUUUAACGUCAAGGAAGGGCGGACUCGAUAUCGAAUGUUUGCAUAUUAUACGAUAGUCUUGACCGAGAAUGCUGCCUUGACGUUCCUUUGGUAUUUUUACAGAAACCCGGAGACCACUGACUCCUAUGCGGUGCCAGCACUGUGUUGUGUCUUUAUUAGCUUUGUGGCUGGGAUCGCAUUGAUGCUCUUAUAUUAUGGUGUGCUGCAUCCCAUGGGGCCGCGAGCUAAGAUUUUUGCCAGCUCCUGUUGUGCCGAGCUGCUCUGGGGCAUCCCUUUGCCCCCCGAUGUUGAGCCCAUGGCGCCUCAGACCCCUGGGUACCGGGGGACCCAGGUCACGCCUACCAGAGCCGUAACGGAACAACAGGAGGAUCUCACGGCUGACACUUGCUUGCCCGUUUUCCAAGUGAGACCCAUGGUGCCCUCUACCCCGUCGGGGCGUCCUUAUCCCCCAGAAGGGCCCCUCAUUAAGAUUGACAUGCCAAGAAAGAGAUACCCAGCUUGGGAUGCUCAUUUUGUAGACAGGAGGUUGAGAAGGACUAUUAACAUUCUGCAGUAUGUCACCCCGACGGCAGUAGGCAUUCGGUAUCGAGACGGACCGCUCCUUUAUGAGUUGUUACAGUAUGAGUCUUCACUCUAAGAGCAUCUUGACCCAAGUUGAGAAGGGAACCUUAAGUUUGGUUUGCGGUAAACACCGCUCACAAGAAAUAUAACCCUCCCUUCCCCUGAUACACAAAACCACCACCACCACCACCACCACCACCACCAACACCACCACCAACACCACCACCAAUGCUACAAAAAAAAAAAAAAAGAAAAGAAUAAGUCACAACCCCUUCAGAUAAGCUUUCUUUCCAGUCGCUGUAUGUAUACAAAGAUAUUCUCUAUGUUUUGUAAGUAAAAACAAAAAGAAAACUUUUCUUUUGUUUUUUACACAUAAGAAACAGUAUUGAAAAAAAUCCCACACUAUGGUUCAUAGGGUGGAGAAGGAGGAGUUGUCUCCACUCCAAAAGAAAAAAAAAGUUUUAUACCUUACACCAAGUGUAGAUCAUUUACGGGAUUGGUGCUGAUUGAAAGAACAAAACAAAACAAAACAAAACAAACACAAACAAACAAAACCUUCAACUGCCUUAUGCCCUUAUAGGUGCUGAGUUUCAUUAAGUACUGUCAUGUUUCCUCAUGCAAAACUCUCUGGUGACUUUUGCACCAAGAGAGGGAAAAUUAAACAAUCAAAUGAAACAAAUCUAGAAACAAAACAAAAACUAACCAACAAAAAACCGCAAAGCAAUCAUUCUUCCUAUCCAAUUAUUUGUAUCGAACAAAACAAAUUUACCAAAAGCAAAGGCAUAGGAGCCCCUCCUCCUUUUUGAUUCCUCUCCCUGUCACCUGUCCUUGCCCCCAACUUAUCAGCGCCUUCUAGGAGCCAAAAGGCUAGCUGUUUGAAACUCAGAUGGCUGGAAAAGGUACUUGAAGGCUGACUAUGUGCCAUUUUAGCAUUCACCUGCUAAGAAUCACAUUUGCAUCCUGGGGUAAAGCAAACAGGACAAAACAAAAAGCCACCCCAAUAAUUCUAUAAGAACAGGCAAUUCUAAAGCAAAUUAAAGGAAAUUUCCAUUUAUGUAAUCAAAGAACAUCAGUAAUAAUAAAACUCAGCAUAGUAGCAAAAAGAAUGACAUCAAUUUAAAGGCACAAUACUUAAAUCAGUGACCGGCAAAAAUGAUUUGUUCUGUCAUUUUAAGGCCGUGAAAGGUAUACAUUUAUCACAUGUGAUAUUGUGUAAGGCCUCUUCUGUUUCCAUUUGGUGGGAAGCCUUAAAUUGAUCUGGAAAGAAUUCUUCAUUUUUCAUUUGUGCUUUUUAAAAAUAUUAACAAAAGUUAAGGAAAAUUAGAAUAUAAAAAAAAAAGUCAAAUUGUAA